CAGAGGGGCAGAAACAACAGGUUCCACCGAAGAGAACGGAUGAAAGGAGGAGAGGAAGAACAGAGAAGAACGGGAAAUAAACGGUUUAUGUCUGGAAACACAACGGAUUCACCAAAAAAGACACCGAGUUACCAGAAAAAGACACUGAUUUCCGGCAGUUUCGGACAGGUGUUGUGCAAAGAACCCUCUGAAGCUGCAGCCUGAUCCGAUCACUGGGGACUGAACACACCCAAACCGUUGCCAUGGCAUCAGGAGCUCCAGUGUUAACGGAGCAGGAGGAGCUACACAGGAGAGCCAAUCAGGUGACAGAUGAGUCUCUGGAGAGUACCCGCAGGAUGAUGCAGUUGGUUGAGGAGAGUAAAGAUGCUGGGAUCCGAGCCUUGGUGAUGUUGGAUGAACAAGGAGAGCAGUUGGAGCGUAUUGAAGAAGGCAUGGACUCCAUCAACAGAGACAUGAGAGAGGCAGAGAAGAACCUGACAGACAUGGCCCAGUGCUGUGGCCUGUGUAUGUGGCCAAUCAGGAAACUGAAAGCGUUUGAGGAAAGUGGGGCGUACAAGGCGGUUUGGGGCGGAGCCUCAAGUCAGGACGGUGUCGUCUCCAAUCAGCCUCCAUCCUCUCGAGUGGUGGAUGAGAGAGAACAGAUGAUGAUGAGUGGAGGAUACAUACGGAGGGUGACUAACGAUGCCCGUGAGGAUGAGAUGGAGGAGAACCUGGCCCAUGUGGGCAGCAUCAUUGGGAACCUGAAGAGCAUGGCUCUGGACAUGGGCAACGAGAUCGACACGCAGAACGUCCAAGUGGAACGCAUCCAGGGAAAGGCGAUUCUCAACGUGUCCCGCAUCGACGCUGCCAAUCAAAAAGCAAACAACCUGAUGAAACGAUAGAAGAAGAAGAAGAAGCUCUGGUCUGUGAGGGUUAGGGUUAGGAACAGGGUUAGGAACAGGGUUAGGAACAGGGUUAG